AUGAUUCUCUCUUUUAUUUUGGUGGAAGAAGGAGAUGAUGAACAACUCUGCUUGUUAUCGAUCGAUCGCGGAGCUUGUGGUGGAAGGCAAACGAGAUAUGCCUAUAAUAGACAAACAAGUCAAUGCGUUCCAUUCGAGUACACUGGCUGCGGUGGAAACCUCAACAACUUUGUUUCGCUGGCUGAUUGUAUGGCCACUUGCGGAAACGUCGGAUUCCGAUGA